CCUUUUUGUACCAUCUACGCCAGACAUGUGCUCCAACUCCACGAACUUCGAACACAUUCCAAAUCUGUCGUGCAUCGUUAACAGCGAACAACAGCGAUUCACAAGGGCCAAUCAAUCUUCGGCAGCUUCAUCGCUUGAAUCAGGGUCUUCCACACAUUGCAUGGAUCUCUAGACAAGUUUCCCAGCUGCACACUUCCACCCACAGCAUUGCCCAUCACCACGCCGCGUCAUAGCACCAAACCCCCGACAGCAACACCGCCAUCACCACCGCUACAUACCUACAACCACCGCCAUCUCGACAGCUGCGCCCGCAGCAUUGCCUGCCUCGGCCACUGCCCUUCUGCAGACCGCCCAGCGUCAUCCGGUGCUGUGGCCACCAGUCACGCGCGCACCCAAUACAAGCCGCGCUGUCGCCAGACAUCACAGAGCUCUCCGCGUACGAAAAGCCAUAGAGGGAGUUGUAUCUGCUGUUCGUCCAGCUGCGCCAACGUCGACAGCGGCGGCUGGCUUGCGCUCGCGAGCGUCUGCUCGAGCACCCCGCUCGGCGCAGCUCUUUCGAUCACGACAACAACACCACGCGUGAGCGAGUCUGCACUCGACUCUUCCGAAAAUGGCCACAGUCCGCCGCUAUACCCGAGAAGAACUCAUUGCUCUGUCGUCCAGCAAGCUUGUUAGUCGGCCCGACAACCUUCCUGCCAUCGAGCAGUGGAUAGAUGAACAACCACAACCUGCAAAUCACGAGCGCCACAAGAGCAACGAUGGCGCGCUCGGCAAGGGACGACAGACGCGAGGAGGGUUGGCUGGAGCUGCAGCGGCUGAGGGCAGUCCGAUGGGCGCAUUCAGCACCGGUCGCCCUACCUUGACCUCGAGGGGCAGCACGCUGCGGAAUGCUAGUGGCGAUGAUGUCUCCUUGGGACCUCCGCGGAACAUGUUCCCGAGCAGUAGAAAUGUCUCGAAGCUCUCCGAUUUCCACGACAAGAACGGUACAGAUGCCGCGAACAGUGACGAGCCGGACUCUAUGCGCAGCCGAUUCUUCUCUGAUCGUCAGCUCAAUCGCCGUGGACCUGAGAAGGAUGGGGCGGAUACGAAGGAUCGAUGGAGUGGUGUUCGUGAGAGGAGACAACAAGGAGAGUUUGAAGACGAGAAGCGAAGCUUCGGCAGACACGACAAGGACAACGACGGCGAGCGCCGCAAUGGCUAUGGUCACAAAGACGAUCCGCGCUGGAGCAGAGAGGACAGACCCAAUGGCAAUCGAACAGGCGGUGGCUGGCGUGAGCGCGAGGCCGCUCGACGCGAUCGUGACCAUUAUGAGAAGGAGCCCGAGUGGAUGGAUGACCCGGUCGUGAAGAAGGAUCAAGAGCUGGGCUUUACCGCACGAACGCAAGACGAUUUCGAGGAGUGGAAGAGACAGAUGGCCGGCAAACCGAAGGUGGAGAAAGAAGAGGCUGCCAUCACAGAGCCUGCAAGCGUACCUGCAGCAGUGGAGGUCAAACCAACUCUUAAGCUUGAUGGUUUCGAGGGUGGUCUCUUCGGUGGCUUCGGUGCUGCGGCAGCAAUCACCACGCCCGGCACUAUCACCCCUUCGGCAGCGACAGCAUCUUCUGGCAUCAAAGCGCCUGGGAAGGGCAAGACCAGCCGAUUUGCUUCCAUGUUCAAACCCGCCGAGCCGACGCCACCGCCAGCUCCAGUCGAAGAGCCUCAGCCGCCACCAGCUGCCAAUGGAUCUAAGACAGCUGAGGACCAGGAAGGCUUUAAUCGCGUUCUUGCAAUGCUUGGUGGAACUAAGAUCAAUCAAGCACCAUCUGCACCAGAGUCAUCACGAGAUCUCACUCCAUCGUACGCAGAACCCGUCCCGACGUCACCGCCACCUCCGCCGAAGAGCAUGACCUCCGGCGGAACUCUGCCAGGAGGGCGAAAGAGCCGAUUCACCGAUAUGUUCGCACAGGACAAGAAUCCUGAGCGGUUGCAGUCACCGCAACAAAGCAGUCCGCCUCUACCCGGCGACAGCGUCAUGGCCAACUCACACAGCAGUCUUUCAGAUGGUCCUAAUCAAAUACUCAGCAACAAGCAGCCGGAACGACAGCCAAGCCACUCACAGCUGGCUCGAACACAGGCUCCAGAGUCUACGAUGUCACCCGAACCCACUGGCAUACCCUUCAAUGCACUUCGAGAGCAGCAGCCACGCCCAACAUCUGGUCGGCCGAGCGAUCUUUACAACAGAUUCGAUCCGCCCUCACGAGGUGCGGCAUCGCCUGAUAGAAACAUACAAGAUCUCCUCGCACAGCAACCACGCCACCGGCCACAAACGACCAGCUCUCAAAGCCAAGAUCUCCUCAAUCUGCUAAAGAACCCCAAGCCGUCUCGCCCGUCAUCACAGCAGGCAAUCCCGAGCAAUGGCGGUAUCGAUCAGGUCGAGCUGGAGCGAUGGCUUCAACAGCAACAGCCAUUGCAACCACAAGGACCAAUCCAAACCUUCGCACCGAAGCCGCGCGGCCCACAGCAGCCACCGGGUCUGUUCGAGGAGCAGCUGAUGAGAAACUAUGGACCUGAGCAACAGCGUCACGAGCAAAUGCAGCAACUACAAGAACGUCCACAACCUCGCGCACCGCCUGGCUUCUACAACCCGGAACAGGAGGCGAUGCUCGCACAGCAACAACGUCAAGCCCAUCAGCAGGCUCAACAGCAAGCGGAGCGAGAAGCACAACAAGCCCAACUUCGCCGCCAGCAGCAGUACGCUGAACUAGCCCAACGCCAGCAGAUACAGCAGCAACAGCAGCAGCAGCAGCAGCAGCAGCCCCCGCGGCGCAUGUCUGGCCAUCCUGCACUGCAGCAGAUGCACAUACCCCAACAGCACAGCCAGCCGGAUUUCCAUCAACUCACUUCUCCCGUUGGAGGCGGCGCACCUCCGCCUCCAGGCUUCAAUCAGAUGCCACGCUACCCUCCUGGUUUUGCCAGUGUGAAUACGUUCCCGCAGCAGCGUGAGCAGGCGCCACCUGGAUUCAAUGCUGGACCAAUGUCCCCUCCUGGAUUCUUCGGAGGACCUCCCAAUCUCCCGCCAGGAUUUCACGCCCAGCAGAUCAGAAGUCCCACCGAAGUGCCCGGACGUCGGCCGUUCGAUGAAGCUUUAUACGCGCGGCGCUAGAAGCACAGUCUGCCCUCUUGUCCUCGUAUGACACAUUUUGGUCAUUCAUUUAUCAAGGACAGUCAUUUCAUCGAGGAUCCGCCAUUCUGGGAUGUCCCUCGAAUCGCUUGGUGGUGUUGGGAGGUCAGUCUCAUCGCAGAAGACGGUGAGCCAGUCGUGACAGGGACGAUGGAAGCUCACCAUACGCGAUUCGAUGAUGGAAAAGCAUGCUAGGGAGUGGUAAGACCGAGGCAGUACUGUGUAACUAUCAUUAUGUAGUGUUUAUCGUCCUGGAUCUGGCGGAUCAUGAGGACGUAGCACUGGUGAAUAAGGUAGCUAGGGAUUUGGCAUGUAAGACUUUUCCUCUGGCGAGAGCUGUUUCUUGUGCAUUUGUUACUUUCCAAUAACAACAUGCCCAC